GCCGGGGAGGGGGAGGCGGGAGCGGUCGGGCGGCGCUGGGACCCGGGGGCGGCCCGAGAACAAGGGAGCCGCGGCCGCCGCGCUCCGGAGCCAGCCGCCCAGCGCCGCGCAGCCCAGCCCAGCGCUCCGCCGGCUCCCAGGCCAGGCGCCCGCGCGGGGGCGGGGGGGCGCGGGCGCCGCCACCAUGGGCGAGACCAAGAUCAUCUACCACCUGGACGGCCAGGAGACGCCGUACCUGGUGAAGCUGCCCCUGCCCGCCGAGCGCGUCACCCUGGCCGACUUCAAGGGCGUCCUGCAGCGGCCCACCUACAAGUUCUUCUUCAAGUCCAUGGACGACGACUUCGGGGUGGUGAAGGAAGAGAUCUCGGACGAUAAUGCACGACUCCCGUGUUUCAAUGGCCGGGUGGUGUCCUGGGUAAGGAGCCCGAGCCCCGCCCGCCCUUCCCCUGGUGCCCGUCUCCUGCCCCUCCUCUCUUCCAUCUGGGGCCAGGCCGCUCCCCUCUCGCAGGAGCUCCCCAAGUUCCCUCUGCAGCUGGAACGGCCCCUUCUCCUUGGGGGGUCAGCGUCUGCUGGGGUUCGGGGGCUCCCGCCCGGAUGGGGCCUCCCCAAGCCUCUGGUCCCUUGGGUUCGGGCCCCGCUCACCCGGCCCCUUGACCUGCUCUGUCUCACUGGUGGGCCCAAAGGGCUCACACCCCCCACUCCUUCUGCCCGACAAUCCCUGGGCUCCGCCCCCCAUGGGCCCGGCGCCGCCCCGCCCCCCCUUCCAGUGUCAGGGAGGGAGGGCCCCAGGCAAGGGACUCCAGCCACAGGGAGCCUUUUUCCCCCACGGUCCCUCUGCCCCCACAGCCCUCACACCGGUGGGGGGAGCCAGGAGAACCUGGACAACGACACGGAGACCGAUUCCCUGGUUCCCGCGGCAGGCGGCGCGGAGGAUGGGCCCGAGCAUGCGUCCCCAGCCCCCCCGCCCCCCCGCCCCCAUGGGAGAGGCCCUCAGCCGUUUCCCACAUCACCCUCUGGCGGCCCGGCCCCCCUGACUGUGGGGCCGCCCCUCCCCCACAGUGGCCCGGAUAGCGCACAGCCAAGGGGAGGGGGGAAGAAGCGGCUCCCGGGCAACUCUUCCCUCUCAAACGAGCUGGACCACCACCUGGACUCUGGCGGGUAUUCUACCAGCAGGUUCAGCAGCUCCACGGAGCAGAGCAGCGCGUCCCGCCUCAUGAGGAGACACAAGCGGCGCCGGAGGAAACAGAAGGUGGCCCGGAUCGAGCGGUCGUCGUCCUUCAGCAGCAUCACGGACUCCACCAUGUCCCUCAACAUCAUCACCGUCACGCUCAACAUGGAGAAAUACAACUUCCUGGGCAUCUCCAUCGUGGGUCAGAGCAACGAGCGCGGUGACGGCGGCAUCUACAUCGGCUCCAUCAUGAAGGGGGGGGCCGUGGCUGCCGACGGGCGGAUCGAGCCGGGGGACAUGCUCCUGCAGGUAAAUGACAUCAAUUUUGAGAACAUGAGUAACGACGAUGCCGUCCGAGUCCUCCGAGAAAUCGUGCACAAGCCCGGGCCCAUCACCCUGACGGUGGCCAAGUGCUGGGACCCCAGCCCCCGAGGCUGCUUCACUCUCCCCAGGAGUGAGCCCAUCCGACCCAUUGACCCCGCAGCCUGGGUGUCCCACACGGCAGCCAUGACGGGCACCUUCCCGGCCUACGGCAUGAGUCCCUCCCUCAGCACCAUCACCUCCACCAGUUCCUCCAUCGCCAGCUCCAUCCCCGACACUGAGCGCCUCGAUGACUUUCACCUGUCCAUCCACAGCGACAUGGCCACCAUAGUCAAAGCCAUGGCUUCCCCAGAGUCUGGGCUGGAGGUCCGAGACCGUAUGUGGCUCAAGAUCACCAUCCCCAACGCCUUCAUCGGUAAGCUCGGGUCCCAGCGGCGCCGGUGGGCGGAGGCGGGCGGGGGCCCCUCCCAGGGUUUCACGGACCCGGUCCGAAAACGCCCAGCAAACCGUGAAAGCGCCUUUCCACACGUCAACAAGAUCACCUUCUCCGAGGUGCACAACCGAGACCUUGGGAUUUCCUUUGCAGACAUGGCUAACUUGUCCCUGCACGACCAGGAUGGCUCCAGUGGAGCCUCGGACCAAGACACGCUGGCUCCCCUCCCCCAUCCCGGGGCCGCCCCAUGGCCCAUGGCCUUCCCGUACCAGUACCCGCCCCCCCCACAUCCCUAUAACCCCCAUCCCGGCUUCCCAGAGCCAGGGUACAGCUACGCCGGCGGGGGCAGCGCGGGCAGCCAGCACAGUGAAGGCAGCCGGAGCAGUGGUUCCAACCGCAGUGGCAGCGACCGGCGGAAGGAGAAGGACCCCAAGGCUGGGGACUCCAAGUCGGGGGGCAGCGGGAGCGAGUCGGACCACACGAGCCGCAGCAGCCUGAGGCGGGAGCGGGCCCCCAGCGAGCGCUCGGGCCCGGCCGCCAGCGAGCACAGCGUCCGCAGCCACCACUCGCUGGCCCACAGCCUCCGCAGCCACCACACGCACCAGUCCUACGGGCCCCCGGGGGUGCCCCCGCUCUAUGGCCCACCCAUGCUGAUGAUGCCCCCUCCGCCCGCCGCCAUGGGCCCCCCGGGAGCCCCCCCGGGCCGAGACCUGGCCUCAGUGCCCCCAGAACUGACCGCCAGCAGACAGUCCUUCCGCAUGGCCAUGGGAAACCCCAGUGAGUUCUUUGUGGAUGUGAUGUGAGCGGUCCUGUCCCCCCGUGGCCCCCGCCCCGUCCCCCAGGCCCCAGGGCUGGUGCCCUCACCAGUCAGCUCUUUUUACUUGUCUGGUAACUAAGCAAAGGGAAAUAAACUACAGUGAACUGAA